AUGGCGGACUCUCAGAGUCCUGAGGCUCGCGAGUUGAGUCUGAUAGGCAAGGUGGAAUUCAGAAUUGCAAUGGCAGACACAGAUGAAAAACUGCAAUCACUACUUGGAACAUAUCUGCCUCCCUUGUUGUUGAAGCUUGGGUCGGACAGCGUGGAGGUGCGCAACAAAAUCAUCUCGGUCUGCCAGCAUGUCAACACCCGAAUCAAAGCCCCCUCUAUUCAGCUGCCCGUGGCAGCAUUGUUGAAGCAGUUCAAGGAGCAGAAAUCUCAAUUGAUCAGGCAUUUUGAUCUCAUCUAUGCUCAGCAAGGUAUCGAUCGCCUCGGCUCUGAAGCCAGAGUCGAAAUCCUAUUGCCCUUGCUCCAAGGUAUCUCGAAGAUCGGAACGUCACCCACUCAAGGUGCUAUCGUAUUUAAUCUGGUUUUGCGUCUAUUGCCACUUCUAAAGCUGCCAGCAAGAGGAAGUGAAGAAGACCAGGCCUUGAAAACCCGACUUGGUCUAUCAGACGAUGAUUCCCAAUUCUUGUCCUUUUGGCUGGCGAAAUUGUUACUUCUUACCCCUGGUCCUAAGGAAACUUCAACAUGCCCCGGUCUAUCUCCAGAUGAGUAUAGCUUUUUGAACAAGGGUGCCCCCGCAAACGAGACGUGGAACCCUUCUACCGAUGGUGGCUUGAAUCUGACCGAGACAAAAGUCACCGCCCUUCGAUUCAUCGGAAGCGGUGCCUUUAAAGAUCCACAACGAUUCCUGCCUUCGCUGAUCGCUUCUGCUGAUGCCAACUCCCGCCUUGCUGAUCUGGGAGAUGAGACCCUGAAGCGAUUUACUGCGGAUAUUGAAAAUCCCGAUGUCGUUCAGGAGUUGUAUGAUCUGUAUUUCGGUACCGUUUCGCCUAGUGCGCCCAAUGGUGCUCCUCCCGCGCGAUCUCCACUGCAAGUGAAGAUUCUUGUCUUUUUAGGGAAGUCCAUCAAAGCUACUGCAGACCCCCAGCGAAUAUUGAGACUCAUUGAAGAUGGGCUCUUGUCAGACUCUGCUAGAUCCUCUCAGGGGUUGCAAGCGUCGAAACUAAGGACGCAAAUUUUUACUUUCACCACUUGGGUGGUCCGUAUGGGCGCACCCUCUGAUCUGAAGCAAAUCGCGCCCAUACUUAUCGCAGGACUGAGGGACUUCAUUCAGUCUCAAGGAUGGCCCAGUCCGGCAGCUAGUGGGCAGAAGCUACCCACAACAGACCUCAGCCUGCGAGGUCUUGCCUACGAGAGUAUCGGUAUCAUGGUCCCAAAGGUCGACUUUAUGUCGCAAGCCGAUGCUGUAGAGAACUUCGAAUUUGACCUGGUCCGAUGGCUCUUUGCUUCCUUGAGUGCAGAUGACUCGAGUCCUCAAAUAUUCGUCAGCAUCGAUCAGGCACUAGGAAGUAUUCUCAAUUCUUCAUUAGACAGCCACGACAAGACCUUCCAGGACCAGCUGCGGCCAUUCCUGGUUCGUCAGAUGAGCAUGCAGCCUGGCGAUAUGGAUCCCGAAACUGGUUAUCGUGCUGUGCGAGGUGUUCAGUAUGCCGCAGUGCGGUUUGCCAACCGAUUCCUGCCAUUUGGAGAUGUAGUCGCUCGUUGGAUCGAUUUGAUGGCCAUUGCAAGAGGCCCAGAAAGACAACAAGAAAUCGUUGAGGAAGGAAAGAAAGGUCUUCAUCCUUACUGGUACCGACUCCUCAACCCUGCCAAGGAUGGGAAAUGGUCAGCUUCAUCGGCAGCUCCAGUUCACGACGAAUCCUGGUUCGACUUCCCAAAGUUCGAUGAGGCUACUCGUUUCCUGCUUGGUUCGGGAGGGCAAGAGGAACACUUGAAUGUCCAGUCUUUGUCCGCAUCGCAGCUCCUGUCUGGUCCCUACAAAGGUUCAUUUAUGCCUGCCAUCUCAUUCCUUCGAAAUACAUUGCUUUGGGAGGCGUUCUCGGCCUCCGGUGUUGCUGCAGCUCUAGAACAAGAUUGGGACUAUAAGCUAGAAGUGCUCCUCUCCACCAGCGUGGAAGCCCGUUCAGCCGUGAGAAAGUACAUUCGAGAGUCUGCAAAGGAGUCUGUUUUGGCAUUUUUGUCUGGUACUCUUGAAGGUCUUGUAACCGGCGAUCGUGAAGGCUUGCGGCAAUGUGGUGUUCAUUUCGUGGAAAUCUGCUCGCUGGCACCUAAUGACGUUGUUCAGCACUUGGUCUCGCGUGCGGCAUCCUUGAUGGAGCCUAUUUGCAGCAACAAUCAAGAUAAUCAGGGUAUUACUGCACGGGCUUUUGGAAUUCUGGUUUCGCAUCCUGUCUUCUCAGAGGAGCAACUGAAGAGUUUCAUUACUCAACUGACUGCUACCAUCCAGUCAUGGAAUACUUCUAUUGGUCAAGAGGUCAUGCGAGUCCGUGGAGCGAUUUUAGCGCUCUCGUAUUUGUUGAGUCGACUUGCGUACCGCGGCCUAGUGAACCGAGCCCCAGAAGCACAAACCAAGCAGUUUAUUGAGACUCUCUUCGAUAUUCUAGAUGUUUCCCGAGAUACUCUGCUCCAAAGGACCGCACAAGAGGCCAUUGGACAGCUAAGUCUAUCUGGUGUGCUGUCUCUUGAUAUUAUGACAGAAGAUGGCUGGAAAAAGAUUCUGGAAAAGCUAUCGCGCGACGCCAAAACUGAAAAUCAGAUACCUAUCAGCUCUCUGGGGCUGUUGACUAUGACUUUCUCCCGAUCUGGCUCAGACAGCAGCUUGUUAACCGAUUUCCUGAGUUCACUCUACAGUUUACAUGAAAUCCGCAGUCCCGAAGUCCAGUUCACUGUAGGCGAGGCCUUGAGUAAUGUCGCUGUUGGGUGGGAUUCUCGGGCUCUUAUCCAAGAUUUCGAUAUCGAUGCAGAAUUCCCUCGCUCAGAUGUCCCACGCUCGGUGUUUACAGUCAUCUGUGACAAGGUCAUCGCCGACUGCGUUGCGCCCAAGCCAUCUCUGCGGAAGGCAUCUGCAAUCUGGCUGUUGUCGCUGGUUAAGAACUGCGGUCACAUGCAGGAGAUGCAGGAGCGGCUGCGUAAGUGCCAAGCUACUUUCAGCAGCCUUCUUGGAAACCGAGACGAGGUGGUGCAGGAGACUGGAGCGCACGGACUCAGCCUUGUAUAUGAGAUCGGUGACCAAUCCCUGAAAGACGAUCUGGUCCAAGAUCUGGUCGAAUCGUUCACCUCAACUGGUCCCAAUCUCGGGGGUGGCAAGAUUGAGGCCGAUACCCAGCUAUUUGAGCCUGGGGCUCUCCCCACUGGCGAAGGGUCGUCUGUCAACACUUACAAGGAUAUCAUGAACCUGGCUGCCGAGGCGGGUGACCCCACUCUGGUUUACCGGUUUAUGUCACUGGCUUCAAACAAUGCUAUUUGGACAAAUCGUGCGGCGUUUGGCCGCUUCGGAAUUAGCAGCAUCUUUUCUGAUUCUAGUGUCGAUGGCUAUCUGGCAAAGAACCCUAAGAUCUACCCCAAGCUUUUCCGUUACCGGUUCGAUCCCAACCCGAAUGUGCAAAGAUCUAUGAACACCAUCUGGCAAGCACUAGUUAAGGACCCUACGGUGGUCAUCGAUACCCACUUUGAUGAUAUCAUGCAGGAUCUGCUCAAGAGCGUUCUAGCUGGUCGAGAAUGGCGUGUUCGGCAAGCAAGUUGUGCUGCCGUGGCAGACUUGAUUCAAGGUCGCCGUCCGGAGAAGUUCGCCCAGUAUCUCGAUGAGAUUUACAGCAAGGCUUUCAAAUUACUGGACGAUAUUAAGGAAUCCGUCCGCACUGCCGCGCUGAAGCUCUGUCAAACCAUUACCAAUUCGGUCAUCCGCACACUCGAGACGAGCGGCACGGAGAAGCGCGCAGGUACUCUACUCAAGAGUGCUAUCCCCUUCCUUCUGAGCGAUAAGGGGCUGGAUUCCAGCGUGGAAGAAGUGCAAGGAUAUGCCAUUGGCGCUCUCAUCUCAAUGAUCAAGAAGAGCCCUGGCAGCUUACUGCGCCCACAUGUUCCCAAUAUGCUGGAGAAAUUCCUGAGUGCUCUGAGCUCUCUGGAGCCACAGGCUGUCAACUAUGUCCACCUCAAUGCCGACAAAUAUGGUCUCACCGGUCAAGAGAUUGAUAAAAUGCGUCUAUCUAGCAUCCGCGCAUCCCCUAUGAUGGAGGUGAUUGAACGGUAUCUGAUUGACAAUUUGGAUGAAAGCAAUCUCGACGAACUAGCACAGAGACUGGAAGAUGUCCUUCGGUCGGCCGUGGGCUUGCCAUCGAAGGUGGGUUGCAGCCGCGUUCUGGUGCUGCUUAGCAUGAAGACUUUGCUCUUCCGCCCAUACGCAGACCGAUUUAUCCAAAUUCUCACCAAGUACGUGGUGGACCGAAACGACACGGUCAGCGCCUCCUACUGCUCAUCCAUGGGAUAUCUGUUGCGGCUUGCUUCGGACGAUCGGGUUCUCAAGACUUUUGACUAUGCCAAAAACCUCUAUCUAACAGCCGAGGAUGCCACGCCGCGAGUGAUCUCCGGCGAAAUUCUGUAUUCCGCGUCUAAACUAUCGAACGAUCGGUUCAUGGCAUUUGCGGCGAGCGCAUUGCCGUUCGUCUUUGUGUGUAAGCACGAUGGCGACGAACAUGUGAAAGAGCAAUUUGAAAAAACAUGGCAAGAUAACGUUGGUGGAUCGCGCGCUGUGUCACUUUACAUUCGCGAGAUUGUGGGCCUCGUUUCGGACAAUUUGGACUCUCCCCGCUGGGCUAUCAAGCACACCGCCGCACGGGCGAUUGCGCAAGCAGUGUUAUCGCUGGACGCGGAGAUUGACCUCCCGACGGCUCAAUUGAUUUGGCCAGUAUUGGAGCGUGCCCUGGCGGGGAAGACGUGGGAAGGUAAAGAAGUGGUGCUUAAGGCACUAGUGAAAUUUAGCGGGCAAGCCCAAAAGUUGUGGCAAUCCAAAGAGGAGUUGAAUAAGCUAAAGACUAUCACGGUUCGCGAAGCGAAGCGAGCUAAUGUCCUCUACCGGCCGCAUGGACUGCGGGCAAUGGGCCAGAUUGCCCAGGUACGCAAGGACCUCAAUUUUAUGCCGGAUGCCUUGAAGAUUAUUCCGGUGGUUGAAGAAAUGAAAGACCAGGACCAAGACCAAAUGGAGAUAGACUCCAGGAAUGGGCGCGGCUCGACCCAAGAUGACACCCUUGCGGCGUGUGUACAAUGUUUCCUGCAAUGUUUCAACACCGCUUCGGGAGAAGCCCUGGGAAAGUACGUGGACCAGGUGACCAGUCCGCUGGCUCAAGUUCUCCAACUGGGUGGGCGACUGGUCGUCAGCACGGUCUACGAUGAGCUCCGAGCUUUCUUUACGCGAGUGGAUCAGUGGAUCAUUUCACCGGAUGCCUCCGGUGAACAAAUCGCCGCGCCCUUGACUGUUCUUGCAGAACAGUUACUCACAAAGGAAGUGGAAGGGUCUGUCGAGACCAUCCGCAAGGGUCGUGCAGAGGCCAUUUUAGCGUACCUGAAACUGAGUCCGCAUGCCCAAGCGGCUGUGCCUGACACCCUUAUCAUGCAUGUUCGUGACUGGAGAGCCAGUGAACGAUCCGAAUCAGUCCAGCGUCUACUGGACGAGGCUUUAGCUUUGCCGAAUUAA